AUGGAGAAUCCAUCUGUUGUCGUGAAAAAAGCAGAAGGAAAGGAAUUUUCCUGCGACUUGGUUAUUGAAGACCGGCCAGUGCCAGAAAUUGACGACGAUGAUGUUUUGCUCGAAAAGGGAUCGGUCGGAAUUUGCGGCUCUGAUGUUCAUUACUGGACUCACGGUAGAAUCGGCGAUUUCAUCGUCAACGAGCCCAUGAUUCUCGGUCACGAAGCUUCUGGAAAAGUAAUCAAGGCCGGCAAGAAUGUCAAAAAUCUGCAAGUUGGCGAUCGUGUCGCCAUCGAACCUGGUUACAACUUGGAGGCGGACGACUAUGCGAAGAAGGGAAGAUAUAAUUUGUCAGAUGUCUUUUUCUGCGCGACGCCUCCGGAUGAUGGAUGCUUGAUGAAGUAUUACAAGCACAAGGCAAACUGGUGCUACAAGAUUCCCGAAAACAUGAGCUACGAAGAAGCUGCAUUCAUCGAACCCCUGUCUGUUGGCAUUCAUGCUUGUCGCCGGGCGAACAUCACUCUUGGAGAUACUGUGCUCAUCACUGGCUGUGGACCUAUCGGCCUUGUCUCUCUUCUCGUUGCUCGAGCGAUGGGAGCUUCGAAGGUGCUUAUGACGGAUAUGAACGGAGAGAGGUUGAAGAAAGCCAUUGAAUGCGGCGCCAGUGAAACGAUUCAAGUGACAAGGGAGCAAACUCCCGAGCAAAUCGCUGAAAUUGUGGAAGAAAAGCUCGGCGGAAAACCAAAUAUUACCAUCGAAUGCACUGGAGCUGAGUCUUGCAUUCAGACUGGAAUUUACGCGACCAAAUCAGGCGGAUGUCUUUUGCUAGUUGGAUUGGGCAAGGAAAUGGCGAAUCUUCCGAUUGUCAAUGCUGCUGUUCGAGAAGUUGAUAUCCGAGGGGUUUUUCGAUAUUGCAAUACCUGGCCUAUUGCGAUCAACAUGAUUUCCUCAGGGCAAAUCCAUGUCAAACCGCUGGUAACCCAUCGAUUCGAACUGAAAGACGCACUCAAAGCCUUCGAAACAACUCGCCGAGGAGAAGGAGUGAAAGUUAUGAUCAAGUGUCUGCCAGACAUGUGA